AUGAAAUACACAAUUUUUUUAAUAAAAAAAUAUAUGUUUGGUACACUAACAAUUGCGUUCCUGGGUACAUGGUAACAUUUAUUUGUCUUGAGAUGGGCAUUGCAUUUAUAAAAUUAAAGGCAAUAUAAUAUGCCGAAUUCCCCAGCAGAGUAGUUUCCAUUUGUGAGAGCUAGUCUCUCUGAAUAACACAUAAUUGGAUGCCUAUUAUUUCACUCCCCUCUUAGUCUCUUACCAUUCUCAUCAUCAAUAAACCAAAUCAAUCAAACAUGAUAGCUCCAGCUCAGCCACCCAUGCAUAACCAACAACCCCCAAUUUCUCCAAACUCCCCUGCAGUUGACUUCACUCCACCCUUAAUAGCAAUGGUCGUCGUUGUCGCCGCCGCCUUCCUCUUCGUAACCUAUUCCCGCCUCAUCAGUCGCCAUCUAACACCUCCCAUCCACCGUUUAAUCCAUCACUUCCAACGCCGCAGAUUCCUCCCUCCCUCCUCCGCCACCUCAUUAGUUGACGUCGAAUCUCUUCAAUACGAUUCAACAACAUUUGACGCCCCACACACUUACGGUUUAGACGAGUCCGUUAUCAAAACCAUUCCCUUCUUCAUUUACACCACCAAAUACGAACAAGAAUCACGCCGUGACUGCGCCGUUUGUUUACUCGAAUUUGAAGAUCACGAUUACGUUCGUACCCUCCCUCUUUGUUAUCACACUUUUCAUCUCGAUUGUAUUGACGCUUGGCUUCGUUCGCACGCUAACUGUCCUCUCUGUCGCGCCGGUCUUCUCUGUUCUGAAUCUGAAUCUCCUUUCAGACCUCUUAUGGCCGCUAGAAUUCGUCCUUCUUUUCACGAUCAAACUAUUAAUCUUCACCUUGAAACGCCUUUUCAUAAUUCUCACUCUGUUUUGCCGGCGCCUGAUAUUACUCCUCAAUCUCCCGUUGCGAAUAAUGUUGACGAGAAUCGUUUUCAAUUAAGGGAGGAUUUUCUGUUGAAACGCUCUUAUUCAUUUGGUUUCGAGCGGAGUUUGCCGUCGGAGAGGAUGGUAAUCGACCCUGCCACGACUUCUCCGUGGCGGUAUCGAAGGGGGAACACCGGUUUCUGGAGCAAAAGACCAUCUCCGUUUGGUUCGUUAGGGAAAUCAAGAGUGUUUUCGUUCAGGUAUUAUAGAGGGAUGAAAUCUCCAUUUUUCCGGCGAAGAGGAUUCUUUCCGUUGUCGGAAUCGAGUGUUAGGUACGGCGAGGGAGGGAGCUGGUCGAGAAGGAGCAAAUCAAUUGCGAGUCCGAUGUUUUCGAGGUCGUCUGCGGCGGUAUUUUCGUCGAGCCGGCUGAGAUGCGGUGAUCCAGAGGCGUUACUGUCGCCGGAGAGGUUUAACAGACGGCGAUGAGGUGAAGUGGAAUUGAAUAAAAGAAUGAGAAGAGGAGGGACACGUGGCAGUGGGUGAAUGGUUAGGGUGAUGGAUGAAGUCAAUGAAAGAAAAGGGGGGAAUUAAAUGGAGGUGGUCGCGUGUUGUGUUGGUCUGCCAAUUUGUGGAGACGGGACGAGAGUCAUUAAAUGGAUGGUAGGAAGAGCAUUUAAUUAAAUUAAUUGCAUUGCACAAAGCAGAGAGAGAGAGAGAGCUGUGCAUGUGCCUAUAAAUAAAUGCUCACACUGACUGCACUGUGGUAGCUCAUAAAUGCUGGUUUUAAAUGUGCAUUUGACAAAUGUGAUGUGUUUCCACAUGCUAUUGCAAUUAAGGACUAUUGAAAUGAGAUGAGAUGAGAGGAGGAGGCCGUAGUGGCGGGAGUUUGAGAGAUACUAAAGGACGGAUAAGGGCCGGCCCAUUAAUAAUAAUAGGCCCAACAAAACUAGUAGUACUAAUCAAUUUUCAGUGCAAGUACUGCUAAGUUCGCAUUAACUACUGUCUCAGCAAAGACCGAUCUGCAAAAUUUCCAAAUCCGUCGUUUUCACUAUUAUCAUUUGUUUCAUCUCUCUCAAUUACUUAUUGCAUCGGAGAGACAUUUAGUAAACUCGGAGGUGCCAAUAAGACAAACUAACUAACUGGAUGUUUGUAUCCACAGCUACUUUCACUACAGUGUUUUUUUAAGCUCGAAAGUGCUUUUUGUUGUUGUUGUAAAUUCUUAGUUUGAUUUCACAGUCAGUAGCAAAAUUACACGCUUUUAUAAAAUCACAAAGAUUCCAUCUAAUUUUGUCAGUAAAAACAAAGAGGAGCUAAAAAUCUAAGAAAGAAAGGUUCUUGUAGCUUUGAAAAGAAACAACUGUGCGAUUGCUGUCUCCACUGAUCCCCGGCUGCAGCUGCAUGAUCCGCCUGCUGUUACUAGGUCUUAACCGGUGCGUUUAUUUUGUAUAAAUUAAAUUACGUAUAUUAUUACUAUUACCAUAAAGUACUAGUAACAUUGCUUGCUCUCUUGUUGCUCUAUGGCAGUGAUUUUUCUAUACUGUUUCUUUUUUGUUGUUGUUACGUUUCUAUAUUGUUCUGGAUUUGACAUAAGUGUUGAAUGUAUUUGUUAGUUUAAUUGUUUAUAGAUUUGUUUCAAUAACUUCUGCUUCAAAAUAAUAGAGAUGAAACAAUCAGAGAAAAUCAUGUACUGUGAAAUCAUUACCAAUAGAAAAUCUAUUAUGCACUCUUUGCUA